UACCACGAAAGAAGCUUUCUCGCUUUUGGCUACUUUUCUGUUUCUCGUGUUUGGCAGAUCAGAGUGAUGGCUGAGCAGGUUAUGUGUGAGCUCGAAGCUUCGGCCAAUAUUUUAUUGGCACCACCUAAUAUGGUUAGCAGUGAACAAAGGCAUUGUGCUGAAUCUGUCUUCUUAAAUUUUCAGAAAACUAAAACACCUUUCCAUUUAUGUCAGUACAUACUUGCACACAGUAAAUCUGAUUAUGUUCAAUUUCAAGCUGCAUCACUUCUUAAACAAGCUGUAAUUCGAGAAUGGCAUCUUGUAGAAAAAACAGAAUUAGAGCAGCUACGAACUGGUCUAUUGAAUUAUGUCAUCCAAAAUGUCAGUUUGCAGAACUAUGUAAGAGAACAGUUAUUGUUAGUUGUUGCUAUUAUGGUAAAACGUGCAAGCGUUGAAGAAAAUUCUGAAAUUGUUGCUGAUUUUCUGACUGAAAUCUCUCAAUUAAUCAGUAGUGGAGAUUCAUCAAUGCAAACUAUAGGAUGUUCCAUUCUCACAGCAUUACUUAAUGAGUUUUCAAGUUCUACUCGUGCUAGUGAUGUUGGUCUUACAUGGGAAGCUCAUCUAAAAGCCAAAAGGAAGUUUGAGAAAUCGGAUUUGAAACGAUUAUUUCAGUUUUGUCUGCAAGGGCUUAGUGAAUUGAAUAAAGUUGGCAGCCCAAUCCCACCAGAAACAGCAAAACUGUUUAAGAAGUUCCUAAUAAUAGCAGAACAAGUUCUAACUUGGAAUUUUCAGUUUGCUAUGCUUUUACCACGAAAGCUUGUUGGAAUGUUUGAAUCUCAACAAUGUCCAGCUUUAAGACCAAGUGCAGAAUGGCAUGAUGUAUUUCUUGAUCCUAAUGUGGUUCAACUGUUCUUCAAGCUUCAUUGGCAAGUGAGGGAUAACCCAGAUUUGUGUCAUCAUACUUUGCAGUGCUUUCACCAGUUAGCAUCCCUGAAUGGUAGUGUUGUUAGUAAAAAGGAAGACAGGUGUUUAUAUGUUGGACGAUUUCUUGAAAAUUUGUUGCAGCUAUUAACAAGUGGUCCAUUAAAAGACUAUGAAACAAUCGGAAUUUCGAAUAUGAUCAGUAGGCUGCAUGUCUUUUUUCCUGCCACAUUUUUGUCUUCAUUGCCUGCUAACAUUGUGCAGGCGUAUCUUCUAGAGCUCACAAAUUUAGCAUGUCAGUUUGCUGAACGUUCAGCCCAAGAAGAAUUGUUGCAGGAUGACAAAGUAUAUAUGGAGGCAUUUGAUCAUUUACUAGAAGCAUGGUCAACCAUUCUGCAAGAUAACCAAUAUUAUCCGUCUGAUAUUUUGAGGCAAUCAUCCAUUCAAAUCUUUAAUCAUUAUUUAAAAACUCAUCUUUCACCUCCUGAUGGAAGCCGGGCAGUUGGAUCUGGCUUGAAAGAAGAAAUAGACGAAGUUGAAGAAGAUGACCGAGCCAAAUAUCGAGAUCAGAUAACAGCAAUAGGAAUGUUUGGAAGGAUGGUUAUAGAUCACAGCAUUCCAAUCUUAGUCAGGCUUAUUGAGGAGAGGAUCACAAGGUUGCAUGGUCAGCUUCAAAGAAUCCAUCAAGCUGGAUCUACCAAUGAUACAUCUAUCUUAGAUAUGCUUAAUGAAGAUAUACAUUGGCUUGUAAUGAUUUCAGCUCAUUUACUUUCAUCUGUAAGUGAAGGUGAAACUUCUCUAAUUCCACCAGAAAUCAUCCAUUAUUGCCUAAGCCAAGCAGAAAAUGUGAAUAUUGAAACUACUCUGCAAGUUCUUGCUUCACCCAGUCAUAGAACAUCAGAUAUUCCAGGAGCAGAAAUGACUACAGACCCAGUUGUGAGGCUGAUUGCUGCUGUAUUUCGUCUCUGUGAGGUAGAAAAAAGGGCCUUAGAGGCUAACUUGACCCAUUUACUUAGCCCUGAAGUUGCAUUAACAUUAGUCUGGUUCCUUGGCAGAUUUUCUGUGACAUAUUUAUUACCUAAUGAAUCAUACUACACAGAGUUGAGUUUGACUUUAACUCAAGCAUUUGGAAAAGACACAGAAGCUGGAUUGUGGACUUUAGAUUUCGUAAUUGGAAAAUUAGAGUCUAAUCUAUCAUUUUGGUCAAGUGAAACCAAAUUAGUUACUGAAACUGCACAUACUCUUGCUGUAGUGUUAAAUAAUACAGAAAGAGGUGAUAAAGCUAUAAAUUGUGCAUCCUUAAUUAGUUUAGUGAAGAAACAAUCAAAUGGACUUUUUCAGUCUUUACCAACCGCUGCCAAACGUUCUCUACUUAAAUCUCUAGUGAUUGUUGGUACUGCAAAUAAACAGCCUGAAGUCAGAGACAGAUACUGGGAAGAACUUUUAAAGCCCCUGCAAGAAAAAUUCCAAGCUGUCAUAUGUUCGCCUGCUUUUGCUCAAACAUAUCACACAAAGCAAGUUCAAACUGAAGUCAUAGAUUUAAUCGAGUGCUUAACUGGUGUGGUGGAUGGUUGCACAUUAUCAAAUUUGUCCUACUUAUUGCCUUUUGUAAACCCUCAUUUUGAAGAAGUUGUGAAACUUGUUGAUAUCUAUCACAAUUAUAGUGAUAUUGUUGGAAUGGUCUUCCAAGUAUUUUGUGUAGCUGCUAAAAGAAUUUUAUGUUAUUUGACUACGUCUGGCUCUAAAAAUUUGUAUGACUGCUGUGUAAAUAUGAUACGGAUAUAUGCAAAACACAAUACUGGUAAAUUGACCAGGGAGGCUAAUGCUGAAGAGGAACAAUAUCAGGAUAUUUUAGUGUUGAUGCAACUACUGACUGACUUAUUAUUUAAAGAUUUUAUUGAUUAUGCACCUCCAUGUGCUGAAAAUUCUUCUGAGUCACUUUCUGCUGCAGAUGUUGCUUUAUAUGGUCUUAGUAUUAUCAUGCCCCUUAUGAGUGCCGAGCUUUUAAAUUUUCCUAGUCUGUGCUUACAGUACUUUAAACUGAUCACAUUUGUUUGUGAAAUUCAUCCUGAUAAAAUAUUCCAGAUACCUGAGAAUUUAUUCAAACAGUUGCUGUCAUCGGUUCAACUAGGACUUACAUCAUUCACACCGGAAGUUUCAUCCUUAUGUCUUGACUUCUUGACCAUUUUAGUCCUACACAUGCAGAGAUCUAACAUGCAAGGAACUCCUGCAUAUGCUGCUUUAGAACCUUUCUUAAAAAUUGUUUUAGAUAUGCUAUUACAGUCACCACUUGAUGCUGAUCUGACGCAGGUUGCCAGUGGCACGCUUUAUACUCUCAUUUGUUGUUUUCAAACAAAAUAUAAAGAAUUAGUACAAGAACUUAUAAACAGCCAAUCAGACCCUGCCACAGCACAGAGGCUUCUUACAUCUUUUACUAAUUUAUCUGCUAGUAUGUCAUUAUCAUUGGAUCGUCACAGCCGCAUGAAAUUUCGAGAAGAGUUUGAGAAAUUUAUAACAGAAGUCAGAGGUUAUUUGUGUGUGAAGUAAAUUGUCCUGUUUUAGGGGCAAAUUGCUAUUUUUUUUUUUGGGGGGGGGUCUCUGAACCUAUCUAUGUGUCAUUGGGCCACCUGUAGGCUGCAUUUUACAGCCUUUCAUGUCAUUGGAUGCUUCUUUGAAAGAACAUUCUAUUUAAUUUUCGAUUCACAAUCCAUUCUGCUGAUCAUGUCUAAGUACGUUUAUUAGUAUGAUUUUGUGAACAAGUAGAUAUUUUUUAUCCCAUUCGUUUUUUUAGAAAAUGAGCAGCUGUAUUAACAAUAAUUGUAAAUGUUCAUGUUUUUUAAAAGAUGGACAUUCAUUGAAACCUGUUUUAAGCUGUCCAAAGUUUUUUAGAUUACUUCUUGUACAUUUAUAUUUUAAAUUUGACACAUACUUAAAUAACUCUUUGCUUAUAUUAUGCCUAAUAGUUGACACCGUUUAUUCUAUUAAAUCUCACUUAAUAGCACUUACUAUUAAUUUUCUAAUCAUAAAGAUAACACACAUUAUCUUGAUGAACUACUUUUGGUGUGUGCAAAACAAAAUAUUAUCAUGGCUUAAUAAUUAGUUUUCUAAGACAAUUGUGGUAACUGUAUAAUUCUUGUGUAGAACAGUAAUGAUAAAAUUACUGAAUGGUAGUUUGACUUUAUCAAAAAUUCGAAGUUUUAAAUUUGCAUUUUAAGAGGAAGAAGCCUAAUUUGAAAAUGAAAGCAUACAGAAUGAAUAAUGAUGAUCAAACGAAAAUGUAAAUAGAAUGUGUUAAAAUAAAACAGCUGCUCAGUUGAUUAGAAAUAGUUAAAAAUUACACAUUCCUAAAUAGACACUUUUUUCUUAUCAAAAAUAGUAAUAUAAGAAACAGCUGUUAUAAAUUUUUUCUUUUUAUAUUUAGCGAGACUUUACUUUUAUUCAAUAUGUAUAAUAUUUGUAUUUGAACCUACAUUUAAUGUUGUAAAAGUAUGAUUUUUUCCUUGCUUAAUAUAUUAAUUUUAUCAUAUGAUGCAGUUGCCAUAAUUGUUUAAUUUUCAAUCCCAAAUAUGGUAUUACAACCACCUAUUAAUGUUUUAAGUUGCAUUUUGGGUUGUGAAUCAAUGAUAUACAUAUUUAUUUUUUCAUAUAAAGAAUGUGUACAUCAUUAUACAGUGUUUUGUACAGUAUUUUAUAUCAGACUUUUAGCAUUCAACAAUCAUUGUAAAAUAUUCAUUUAUUUGUAAUCAUGUUUUUUACUACAUUUAAUUUUAAAGAUUAAGAGAAAAGUAUACUUGGAAUGUAUUUAAAAAAGCAUUUGGUUUAUUGUCAUUUCUUGAAUUUUUUUCCUCUCAUUUUAAUUAGUAUCUUAUAUGUACUUCCUUUACAUUUUUUAAAGUUGAUUUUGCUUUUUUCCCCCCAUGUUGAAACUUAUUUCUUUCAAGCACACAUUUUUUAAAGUUGAUUUUGCUUUUUUUUUUUUCCCCCUAUGUUGAAACUUUUUUCAAGCACACAUUUUUUACAUUUCAUUAAAAAUAAUUUGUAAUAAUGUCAAUUCAUUUUUUUAAAAUGCAUUUUCUCUCUGUAUAAGUAAAUCAUGUGUUUUAUAGACAUUUUUACCAAAAAAUAUUUAUAUUUUAUGCUUUUCUUUUAUUAUAAAACUAAAUUAUGUUUUACAUAUUUAUUAUUCACAAAAGAUGAAAAAUGUGUUUGUACAGUUUCUACUGAAGUACAUUUGACACAAAAUCUGAAUUUAAAUUCAGAAAUUGUGGCAGCCAUGUUUUGAAUUGUAAAAUCUAUAAUAAAAAUAGUAUUAGUGCUGUGCUCCAAA